GCAGCAUUGGGUUUGGGCGACACCUCAAACGCCUGCAAGAUGCUAAAGGAAAAUACGUUGUUUUGGCGUUUAUAUGAAGAACAACACGCCCUGAAAAACUCUGUAUAAUACAUCCGAAUCAGAAUGGGCGAAGAAGCCAAGAUGCGAACAUGUCAUCUCUUGGAUCUGCCCUGGGAAGAUGUACUUGUUCCACACAUUUUAUGCUAUUUGCCGCUGCAACACCUGGUCAGCCUGCAGAGGGUGAGCAAGCAGUUCCACAGCCUCAUCCAGGUGUAUCUGGCCAACUGCAGGACUUUUGAUCUGUCCCCGAUUGGACCAUGCAUUCCCAAGGAAGCAUUUUGCUCCAUGUUAAAGGACAACAAAGUUCUCCAGAGCCUGUCACUUCAGAACUGCUCAGACUGGGUGACAGACAAGGAGCUGCUGCCAGUUAUUGGACAGAACCAGCAUCUGCAGAGGGUGGACAUGAACGGGUGUGUUUGGCUCACCCGACACUCCCUGGUGGCUGUGUCCUUGAGCUGCAUGCACCUCCAGCACCUCGGCCUGGCGCACUGUGAGUGGGUGGACAGCCUGUCCCUGCGCAGCCUGGCUGACCACUGCGGGGAGCUGCAGUCGAUCGACCUCACCGCCUGCCGCCAGCUCAAGGACAACGCCAUCUGCUACCUGGCUAAAAAGUGUUUGAAGUUGAAGUCUCUAUCUUUGGCAGUUAAUGCCAACGUCACUGACGAGUCGGUGGAGGAGGUGGCCAAGAACUGCAGGGGCCUGGAGCAGCUGGACCUGACAGGUUGCCUGAGGGUCAGGAACCAGUCCAUCAGGACUCUUGCAGAAUAUUGCCCAAAGCUGCAGUCCCUGAAGGUGAAUCACUGCCACAAUGUGACAGAGUCAAGUCUCGAUCCUCUACGGAAGCGCAAUGUUGUGAUAGAUGUUGAGCCGCCCUUACAGAGAGCUUUGGUUCUUCUUCAGGAUGUGCUGGGGUUUGCUCCCUUUAUCAAUCUCCAGAUAUAACCAGAGGACCAUCUCUCUGCCCAAUGCAGGUGUCUUUGUGACAGCAGUCACUCUCAGCUGUGCAUCACAUGAGUUACUGUAAACAUGUCAAGACAAUCCAAGAAAACCUGGAUUUGUUGCACUCAAGUUUGUGCAUCUAAAUAACGUGGACAAUUAAAACUCACUGCAAUGCGAUCAAAGAUGCAUAUCUAAGAUGGAACUGAAAACAAUGCCACAUUUGUAAAUGACAGAAGAAAGCCAUGUACUUUUAAGAAUUGCUGCCACAUAUCCAAAAGAUGUCACUGCACUUUUUUCUUAAUCAUUCUAUGUUGUAAUAAUGUGGGUUUGUAGAAAAGCAGUUCUAACCAAAGUACAGUACAUUGUUUUGUUAGUAUUUUAUGUAUAUGAUAUUGUAAAAAGCAGUUAUCUUAUGUUUCAUUUAGAAACAUUUAAAGAUGUUUGAGUUUAAUUAAACAUUUCAUUUUGCAUGUGCCAACUUAAAGGAUAAGUUCACCCAAUUCCCCACCAAACAUUUUCUCAUUUACCACUAGUUUUGUCUAGCCCUUGGUUUUAUUUGUCCAGGUUCUGUUAUCUCCACUACUGAGACUCCUGCCUGCCGUCACUGCUGACCAUGUGUCUUCCAGAAACAAUGUCCUGGCUCCUCAGGAUAAUCCACAGACCUCACUGUCAGCAGUUUUUAACACUUUCCUGGUGACUUUCCUGGUGAAAACUGUUGCUUACAGGGUUUUUACACCGAAACUUUAUGGCUAGAUACUACUGGGGUAACUGGGAAUGUAUAUUUUUUUGGUAUGGGUGAAGCAACCCUUUAAUCUACACUGUUAAUAAAGGCAUAGUUGUAUAUCCUAGUACAUGUUUGAAAUAAGUAUAAGAAUUUAUUAUGACUGUUUUCCUUUAAACCUUUGAAAUGAAUUUUGUAAAAAGUACCUGUGUGGUUUCCCUGUAACACAGUGUAUGAAUUAUAUAAGAAAUAUUAAAUUGCAAAAUUCAGCACAGUCAGAAGUGACUAUUAGUUUUCCU